AUGUCAUCCUUCAAUAAAAAACAACAAACAACAACUAAACUCACUGAAACUCCCAUCAAACUCUUAAUAUCUUUUCAAAUGGUUUUCGAAAUUGUUUAUUUUGAUAGUCCCGAAGAGCUAAAAGAGAGAAGAAGAAAUUCAAUUGUUCAAGGAAGGGGAUCCUUGAGGACCAUCUUUGGAGCAUUGAACAAAGUAUUGGAAGCCAAUGGAGGCUAUUUAACUGGAAAGCUAAAUUGGGCAGAUUUAUUCUUCUUUGAAGUGGAAUUAAUUAUUGAAAAGAAACUCUCGAUUGAUGUUGAGAGUGUGGCACCAGAGUUGAAAAAAUUGAGAGAACAUGUGAUGGCCAACGAAAAGGCAAAGACUUAUUUGGAAAGUGAGAGAAACCUCAAGAGACACUCUUAA